CAAAGCAUAAAGCAAGCCAUCCCAAAUCCGAAAAGAUCUCGAAUGUCUAACGUUUACUUUUUACUUUAAUCUGUAUUGUGCAUUGAUUAAUGUGAAUUAUCGUGACUUGACAUUACAUUUCACAUUGAAAAUGGCUGCAAUUUUACGUGUAAAACGCAAGAAUACCGAUUCUCCACUGGACGCGUUGGUAAUUGCAUGUAAACGCCCAAAAACCGAAGUCCCCCUUUCGGACGCCUCACCUGUGGAAACCGUCGUCCAGUUUGCUGGCACCCUCACAGAUCCGACCGAAAAUGUCACGAAGCAUGUGGGCAAGUUUCUGGACAUAGAAAAUCUCAAAGCCGGUGUCAAGAGAGUAUCUGAUAGUGAUUAUCCUGCAAAUAUUUCUGGAAAAAUACCCAAAUGGAUAGAUGACAGAUACAAAGUUACCGAUUAUCAAUCACUAGAUACAUCAAAUGAUCCAGAGUUUAAGGAUAUGAAUAUGGUACUCAUAGAUGUGGAAGACCUCUUUAGUGUUCGUCAUCAGACAAUAGAAGAGCGAGUGGAGGAUCUAGAUGUCCCAGAGGAGCUUCACAAUUAUGUAUACGAUUUGUAUUGUGCACAAACUUCUAACGACUUAUGGUUUGAGAAUGAUGAGGAUAAUAUAUUGGUGCGACGGCCAGAUUACUUAGACUCAGUAGAGUUUGAAGAAGAAGAUGAAUCUUCAGAUUCUAAUGCAGAAUCAAAUUGGAAAAAUGAUUAUCCCGAUACGGAUCCUGAUCGUACAUCUGAAUCAUCAUUCAGUGAUGAUUAUCUCGACAUUUCCGGCGACGAAAACGAAUGUGACGAAUUUAGAAGGAUUAUAGAUAAUUAUGGAUAUAUCCGCAAAAGAAGAAACGGAGAGAGCAGUAGUUCACACAGCGAUUGGUUGGAGAAAAGCUUUUCAGAUAAGGAAGAAAUAGAAGACGAAAUAUCAUGUAAUGAAGAAACAUCAGAUGAUGAAAGGACGGAAGAGAAAUUCAAUACAUUGUCAAUAAAUGAUGAAGACAUCUAGUUAUGUAAUUUGAAAAUUUUUCAAACUAAAGUAAUUCAUGAUGAAUU